UAUCCAGAAUGUCUCAUGAAGAUCUGUUGUUUGAAAGCUUCUUAAAUAAAAGAAAAGAUAAAAUGAAAUUUAAUUGGGUGACCUACUGGUUUAGACUUCAAAAUACAACACUGUUCUUCUACACAAAGCAACAUGGUGGAGCUGAUUGUCUCAGAGGUCAAUAUUAUGUUUACUCAAUCCAGUCAGUGCGGGAAAUUGAAGCAUCAGAUAAUAAGUAUUUAUUUGAAAUCGUUAUGAAAAAUGGAAAGAAAAAAAUGCUGUCAGCAGACUCUGCAGAGUUACGUGCAAUUUGGAUGGAGUUCCUCUGGAAAGCAAUGCAGCUUCCUGGUCCAGGCAGAGAUGAAUCAUCAUGCACAUGGCAUGAUAUUCCUCACCUGUUGCAUAGAGCUGAAGUAAACCUUGGCAAAGACAAUAAUUCUUACCAGCAUGACAGAUCAUCUGUGGAUAGCACAGGAAGUACGGUGCCCUCUCUGCCAGUUAUGGGUCGAAACCAUGACAGAUCAUCUGUGGACAGCACAGGAAGUAUGGUGCCAUUUCAGAUAGUUAUGGCUCGAAAAUCUGCUAAUGUGGACACAUCAGGUUAUGAGGCCUCUGAUGAAGAAGACAUAGGACGGAGUGAAGAAACAGAGCUGUAUGGUUCAUUCUGAACAGAAACACUGAGAUGUGUCUAAGUAACAGUCAUGAUGUUCUUCAGUCUUGAACAACUAACAAAGAAGAGCUCACAUCGCAGAGAAAACGCCUGCCUUAAAUAAACUCUGGAUAAAAUGGGUAUUUUUGUUGUUACUGUAUUACAGGAUAUACAUAAAUAUUUUGUGUUCUUUUGUAUAUUAUAAACAUGACUGGCACUUAAUCAGGCCCUGUGUUCUAACAGGUUUAAUUAUGAAUAUUUCAUAUAUACCAGUCGAGAAAGAUCAGCAGAACACUGUGAAUAUGUUCAGAUGUGGUACUGUUGUAUAAAGACCAGCCCUACAAAUUCCCAUCCAUCCGGGAUGGCUGUGUAAGAAGUCAAUACCCUAAAGUAACUGCAUUCCUUUCCACAAGAUGCAUUAAUCUCAGAGCUAAUUACAAUUAAGGUGUCUCCUGCUGCAUGGAUCUAAGAGGGGUAGGACCCCAUGAAAAUCUCAUUUUACCUGUAGUGUGAAUUUGUUAUACUUUUCUUUUUAUACUUUGCAUUGUCAGGCUUUACAGGGUCAUUCUUAGCAAAAUCAAACUAUAUCUACCUGUUUUGUUUAUGGAAACACCAAUCAAUGUAUUUUGCUUUGCAGUUAUGUUUUAACUUUUAAAAGACUGCUUUACUUUACUUAAACACUAAAUUUGAAAAUCUUCUAAACAUAGGCUGGAAGAGCAGCUUUUUAAAAUUAAAUAUACCCUGCCGCUAGGCAGCAUCUCAUAUGUCAUACUAGUAGUGGAAUUUGAGCAUACCAUAGUAGUGUGUACCUCUCAAUUGUCCAGAUUUUUGCCUCAUAUUUUUGGUCUGCUCCUCAUAAAAAAUGUGGUUUUCUGGCAGGUCACUGAGGAUCAAAGUCACUAAAUAAUGACAUUCACUUGAAUUUCCAACUUCCUAUCCUUCAGAAAAUGCAAGGUAACACAAAUACUUUAUUCUAGCCACUUCUUUAGUUUAUAAAUGUGUCCCUAUUUCUUGGCCUUUGUACCCAUCUUAAUUUAAGAUUUGUGCAGAUUUCAUGCGAUAAAAGGUUGAGAGGUAUGUAGUGGUGGCAAAUGGCAUAGUGCCAUAUUAGGUCAUAAUAUGAACAGUAACUAAUAAAGGUAGUAUUAAUGGAAACAAUAGGGUGAAUACUUUCUUUUCAACAAGUAAACCUGACAGAAAUUUUAGAAACCAUAUUUAAAAAUUGAUAAAAAUUUACAAAGCAUUCUUAGUUUUAAGAAUAAGUCAUAUUUUAAAGAAAAUCCUGGGUAAUUAAUACCAUGACAGCUAAGCUAGUGGGUAAAAAAUAAAUUGCUGGACAACUAAUACUAUGGCAACUAUGAUAGUGAGUUGUUUAUAGACCUUUUAGACCUCACUGAGACAGAUGCCUGGUGUCAAAGCCAUGGCCUCAAGCUCAAUGCCAAAAAGUGCAUUGUCAUCCCUUUUGGUAAA